AGUGCGAUCGGGUCACUGUAUCAAACUCCUGCCAGUGAGAGCGAGCGGAAUCAAAGGCACCGCGCGCUGGAACAGUGAUACAUGUAACAUUGGGAAUGACUGACUUUAUUAUUAAACGACUAACGGCAGGACGUUAACGGCGGGAUAUUCCUUCCAUCUGCACUUAUUUUCACUUUGGAUUUGUUUUUAAAUAUUUUAACAACGGUUUUAAGAUCCAGUUUUUUUACUGCACUUAAUGGAAAUGGCUGACAGCAAACAUCAAAUGAUAUUUUGUAACGAUUCUCCAAAAAGAGUUUUGGUGUCCGUGAUCAAAACGACCCCGAUCAAACCGAAAGCAGAUUCUCUGAUGCCCACCAGCCCCGGAUUCAGUGACUUCAUGGUUUAUCCGUGGCGUUGGGGUGAAAACGCGCACAAUGUGACUCUGAGCCCCGGUUCGGGCAGCGGUACCGGAUCCCCGACCCGAAACAGCGGUUCUCCCGCCGAAUCCGAUCUCAACUCCUGCCCGGAGCACUUAAAGGAUGGGAUCCGGCGUGGACGCCCGAGGGCCGAAACCGUUCGAGAGCUGAUCAACGAGGGCGAAAACUCAACCAGUCGCAUCCGAUGCAACAUCUGCAACCGGGUCUUUCCCCGGGAGAAGUCCCUGCAGGCGCACAAGCGGACACACACCGGCGAGAGACCGUAUCUGUGCGAUUAUCCGGACUGCGGGAAAAGGUUUGUCCAGAGCGGACAGUUGAAGACCCAUCAGCGCCUCCACACCGGAGAGAAGCCCUUCGUCUGUUUGGAGAAAGGAUGCGGUAGCCGGUUUACUCACGCUAACCGCCACUGUCCCAAACACCCGUACGCUAGACUGAAGCGCGAGGAGCCGACGGGCGGCCCGGGACAAUCACACGGCGCCGACAACAAGGCCGUCGCCGAAUGGCUGACAAAAUACUGGCAGACGAGGGAACAGCGGUCGCCCGCGCCGGAGAAAGGAAAGACUCUGGGUAAAGCCACUAUGGAGGAUCAGGAACAGCAGGAUCCUCUAGACUUCCUUCCAUCGGACGAAGGAGAAGACGACGAGCAAGAGGACGAGAAGAACGCGGGAACGGCACGCCGGCGUCUCCAAGAGCAGAGAGAGCGUCUACACGGUGCGCUCGCGCUCAUCGAGCUAGCUAACAAUCUCUCGGCCUGAGAAGAACACCACACGUGGACUUUCCUCGCAUCGAGACCCGGCCCGGGUCGUAUAAGCUACAAGCACCUUAUUUUGCUUCCUAUUGUACCUUUAGGCUGCUAUGAUGGUAGAUAAAUAUCAUUAUGAAGAAUGUUGUUUUGUUUUCUCCGCUUGAUAAGCAGGUGAGACGUCGUUUUGUUUGUUUUUUUGUUUCGUUGAGCACUUUGUGUACAUGAGUGUUUCUCUUUUUGGGUUUGUGGGUGGAGUUGUUGUGUAUGUGACGUUAUUUUUUAAAAGGAUUUUAGUGUGUGUGUGUGUGUGUGUGUGUGUGUGCGUGUGUUUUGAAACAGGGUGCGCUGAUCGACCUGCUAAAGAUGAAGACUUGUUUACGGAGGAUCGCGUAGUUAACGGCUGGCUUUCAUAUACACAGGUGAAACUGGAAAAAUUAGAAUAUGGUGCAAAAGUUCAUUUAUUUCAGUAUUUCAACUUAAAAGGUGAAACUAAUAUAUUAUAUAGACUCAUUACAUGCAAAGUGAGAUAUUUCAAGCCUUUAUUUGUUAUAAUUUUGAUGAUUAUCGACAACCCCAAAUUCAAAAUGAGAAUAUUGUGAAAAGGUUUUCAUAUCUGUAAGCCAUAAUCAUCACAAUUAUAACAAAUAAAGGCUUGAAAUAUCUCACUUUGCAUGUAAUGAGUCUAUAUAAUAUAUUAGUUUCACCUUUUAAGUUGAAUUAAUGAAAUAAAUGAACUUUAGCACCAUAUUCUAAUUUUGCGAGUUUCACCUGUACGUAGACGCGCAUUAGUCCGGUUCGCUUCCAUCACAUUGGUCACGUUUAAUCAUGUAUUUAUUCUAUUUAAAGCAGUGUUGAGCGCCACCUGCUGUCAGCCGUAGGCGAUGAGGGCUCAGGCUUUGCAAUAACGUCAAACUAACCAGCUUUAAAACGCCAUCUAUGUGUCGCAGAGGUACACGUUUAUAUGCUAGCGUAGAGUUCAUGGGUAAAAACCCUAUAAACUGAAGCACUUACAAUAUUAAUCUAUUACUUUUUGUCUCACGUCGAUAGCUCAACUAUAGACACUUCCAAAGAGAGACGAUCGAAUGAGAUUCUGGAUGGGAAACAGCACUUGUUAUUUCAGUGUCUUCAUAAUCCGUAACACUACAUUCUGUUCACGUGUAAUUUAGCAGUUCGUAUUACGUUCAUUUGGAUUAAAUGCAUUCGCAGAUUUCAUGCUUGAUGCAGUUAAAAUCAGCGUCUUUCCUCUUCAUUUGGUGAAUGCAUGUGCAAAAACUGGAAGAUGUUUCUGAGAAAGUUAAUUGGAAAUUUUUUUUGGUUUUAUAUAUGGCUUUUUGAGUUAUUUCUCCAUUUUAUAACUGAAAUAAUAUAUUCCCCCCCCCCUAAAAAAACCCCUCAGAAAGCUGUGCAUGAUGUACCGUGUAAAAGCGAAACGAUCCCAGGCGAUUACGUCACGACAGCAGAAUGUAAUCACGUGUUUUGUUUUUGAGACGUUGUGUUCGCUGUGCUGAAAGGACUUUGUAAAUUUGUAAGCUGGCUUUUUUUUUUUACUCAUUAGCCGAACUUAGUGUGUUAGCACUUCAAGUCCUAAUUAAAUGAUAUACAUCGUU